CCACAUUUAAACCACGGGGACGGACGGGCAGCGUGGCCGAGCACCGCGUUCGGCGUUGAUUCGCCUCCGACGCCCUCGUCAAAACGCGAGCAUUUCAAGUAGUUAACAACACGGCUAAGUUAAUGGCAACGUGUCAUCGGCGUCGACUAACUUCUUCCCUCAUUACCCAGCUUUAAAAAGCGACUCGCUCGCGUUAACGUUAGUUUAUCCGCCAGUCGGGCGCUCGUCCGCAGCCCCGCUUUGCUGCUCGCUUCAAACCAGAUGAAUAUUCAGACACGUACAUUUAAAAAAAAAAACAAAAAAACGUGCGAGUGUAGUUUUCUCCGUCUCGGGGUCGUUCAGUUCUCGCCCGAAGCGCGAGGAUUUUCUUGGCCAUUCAGCGAAUAUUGUUUACGAGUCAGGGGAGAUGUAUUUUUAAACGGGCGAGCGCCGUGUUCUCCACAUUCCAAUUAAUAGGCGACUUCCUGGCCUGUAUUUGCGUGGAAACGCGGGCAUCACAACAUUAUAAUGCACGCUUCGCUUGCAAAGCCCCAUCGCACUUGAAAUGAAAUGCCAUCACACCGGAGGAAACAGGGAGGAGGAUGGAGAGUAGGAUUUCCAGCAGCCUGCCUAUUACGCUACUUUACACAUAAGGCGAAAUGAUGACUUCUUUUAAAUCGCUCAGCUUAUUUCUUACGGCUCGCUAACUUCAAAUGAAACGCGUUAGGCUUGUUUUCUUUUUUUUUUAAGGAUAGAUUUUUUUAGGCUGGUUCGGAGCAUAUGCAUAGGAAGUGUGUUGUCAUUCAGGUAGACCCAUGGAAAUGUUGGGACUGAAGAAAGUUCGUAAUCCGGAUCGAAUGUACAGAUCAGGAGUGUGUUAUGCUGGCCAUGGUCCACCUAAGAGUAUCAGUGAUGACACAGAGAUGAACAAUGAACAUGGACAUUUGAAAAUAUACCUGCCCAAGAAGCUGCUUGAAUGUCUACCAAAAUGCACCUCGCUGCCAAAGGAGAGACACCGGUGGAACACUAAUGAGGAGAUCGCAGCUUACUUGAUAACAUUUGAAAAGCAUGAAGAAUGGCUAACAACGUCCCCUAAAACAAGGCCGCAGAAUGGGUCGAUGAUAUUGUACAAUAGGAAGAAGGUGAAGUACAGAAAGGACGGCUACUGCUGGAAGAAGAGGAAAGAUGGGAAGACCACACGGGAGGAUCACAUGAAGCUGAAAGUGCAGGGAGUCGAGUGCCUGUACGGCUGCUACGUCCACUCCUCCAUCAUCCCCACCUUCCACCGCAGGUGCUACUGGCUGCUCCAGAACCCAGACAUUGUGCUCGUCCACUAUUUGAAUGUUCCAGCCAUCGAGGAUUGUGGGAAACCAUGUGGUCCGAUCCUGUGCUCCAUCAACACAGACAAGAAGGAAUGGGCCAAGUGGACCAAGGAGGAGCUCAUCGGCCAGCUCAAGCCCAUGUUUCAUGGCAUCAAGUGGACUUGCAGCAACGGGAACAGCAGCUCUGGCUUCUCAGUGGAGCAGCUAGUGCAGCAGAUUCUGGACAGCCACCAAACUAAGCCACCUCCCCGGACUCACAACUGUCUCUGCACGGGCACCCUGGGCGCAGGAAGCAGCGUGCACCACAAAUGCAACAGCGCCAAGCACCGCAUCAUCUCCCCGAAGGUGGACCCCCGCGCCGGCGGCUACGGCAGCGCGCACUCUGAGGUGCAGAACAACGACGUGUCGGAGGGGAAGACCGAGCACAACGCCCACGGCGGAGGCAAAGGGGGAGGAGGCGGGGGAGGGAGGGAGAAACGCAACGGCAAGGUCCACAAGCCGGUGCUGCUGCACCAGAACAGCACGGAGGUGUCCUCCACCAACCAGGUGGAGGUCCCGGACACCACGCAGAACUCCCCCGUCUCCAUCAGCAGCGGCCUCAACAGCGACCCGGACAUGGCCGACAGCCCCGCGGUCGCGGGCAUGGGCCACGUGGCCUCCGUCAUGUCCGGCCUGUCCCAGAGCGUCUUCAUGUCGGAGGUCGCCGGGGACCCCGUCUACAGCAUGUCUCCCACCGGCGCCCCCAACGCUCACCUGAUGGGCGCCGACGCCGCGUCGCAGGGCUUGGUGCUGUCCGUGGGCCCGGACCGCCACAAGUUCGCCUUCCCCGGCGGGGGGGUGGGGGAGCCCGGCUCCAACGCCGCGGGGGACGCGGGGCUGUCCAUGCUGACGGCGGCCGGCGUGUCCGAGGAGCUGGUGCUGUCCAGCAGCCUGGUUGGCGGGAGCCUCAAGAUCCCCGAGGCCACCAUGAACUUUGACCCCGACUGCUUCCUGAACAACCCCAAACAGGGCCAGACGUACGGCGGCAGCGCGCUGAAGACGGAGGGCGGCUCCUCCUCGGCCUCGUCCUCCUCCGGCAGCGGCGGCGCCAACGGGAGCCUGCAGCGCUCCCCCGCCAUGGCGGACAACGGCUACGCCUUCAACUCGGCUCUGGUGAAGAACAUCAAGACGGAGGACACGUCCUUCGAGCAGCAGCUGGCCAAGGAGGGCGGCUACCAGGUGGGGGCGGCGGCGAGCUGCGGCGGCGGGGCGCCGGUGCCGCCGGGCCCCGCCCCCGGCCCCGGCGGCCUGACGCUGGCUGCGGCGGGCUCCCUGCUCCCGUCGGGCGGGGGCCUGAGUCCCAGCACCACCCUGGAGCAGAUGGACUUCAGCGCCAUCGACGCCAAGCAGGACUACGCUUCCAGCGCUGCGGCGGUGGGUUACGGCCAAGCCAUGUCCAGUCCCCACAUGCAGCACCAGAGCCGCUCGCCCAGCUUCUUCCUCCAGGACGCCUCUCAGGGCGGCCAGAAUCAGGGCCGACCCGGCAUGGGCCAGAAAACACACAUGAUGGAGCACAACUCCCAUGACGCCGGAGCUUAUAUGGGCUUGCAGGUGGUGAAGACGGACUCUCCUGGCAGCAAUGGCCACCUGCACCACCAUCACCAGGCCCACCAGACGCAGCACAGGGCCAACUGUAACGGAGGCUCACCCGCGGAGGGCUCCGGCCCGGCUGCCUCCCUCCAGCUUCUCCAGUACCAGGGCACCUUCCCAGGUCUGGGCACCGAGCACGAGGAAGCGGUGGGUCUGGAGCAGCCCGGCAGCGUGAGCUCAGGCGCCGCCGGACCCACUGAGAACGGAGCGGAGAACCUCCUCAAGCCGGGAGACCACAUCCAGAGCUGCGGGACAGGAAACGGAGAGGGGGAGCACUACCUGCAGCAGGCCUCGGACGGCGGCGGGGGCGGGGGUCCGGGGGGGGAGGGGGUGGCGCUCCACAACGGCGGCAACGGCGGCGACGGCGCCAGCCGCGCUCAGCAGCAGCAGCAGCAGCAGCAGCUGCAGCCUCUCCUCCAGGGCACAGGGAUGAUCCAGGGUCUGUACAAUGCAGUCGCAACCCACCAAGUCCUGGGGGGGGCGUCCAGCAACGGCGGAACCGGAGGGACGGGCAUGGAGAUUAGCCUGGAUCACUUCGACAUCUCCUUUGGAAACCAGUUUUCGGACCUCAUCAAUGACUUCAUCUCGGUGGAUGGCAGCGGCGCCGCCAUGUCAGCCGGAGCUGCCCUUUACGCCCACCAGCUGGUCACGGCCCACGGCUCCGAUAACCAGAACCCAGCCGGCGGGCCCACGCAACAAGGUCAGGAGGACGGGGGGCCCAGGGGCUCCGGCUACAGCCCCUCGGAGCUCUGUCUGCAGCCCUGCUGCAGCCCUCAGUCUCUGAGUGGAGGCGCGGGAGCGGGGGCCAACGCGGGCGAGGCCGGCUCCCUGUCCUACAUGAAUGUGGCAGAGGUGGUUUCUGCGGCCGUAGCGCAGGGGGCCCUGGGGAUGCUGCAGGCCACAGGACGGCUCUUCAUGGUCACUGACUACUCCCCUGAGUGGUCCUACCCAGAGGGUGGGGUCAAGGUGCUGAUCACCGGACCCUGGCAGGAGGCCAGCUCCAACUACAGCUGCCUGUUCGACCAGAUCUCCGUUCCGGCGUCGCUCAUCCAGCCCGGGGUGCUGCGCUGCUACUGCCCAGCUCACGACACAGGUCUGGUGACGCUGCAGGUGGCCGUCAGCAACCAGAUCAUCUCCAGCUCCGUGGUGUUCGAGUACAAGGCGCGCGCCCUGCCGUCGCUGCCGUCCUCGCAGCACGACUGGCUCUCGCUGGAUGAUAACCAGUUCAGAAUGUCCAUCCUGGAGCGCUUAGAGCAAAUGGAGAGGAGGAUGGCAGAGAUGGCCAGCCACCAGCAGCCGAGCAGCGCAGGGAGCGGGGGAGCCGCGGGAGGUACAGGGGGAACAGGGGGAGGAGGCGGCGGAGGAGGAGGAGGAGGCAACAACAGCCAGUCACAGUGUGUAUCGGGCCAGACGCAGGCGGGCAGCUCCUUCGAGAGUCGCGUGGUGGUGGUGUGCGAGAAGAUGAUGAGCCGGGCUUGUUGGGCCAAGUCCAAACACUUAAUCCACUCCAAGACCUUCAGAGGCAUGACGCUCCUCCACCUGGCUGCGGGCCAGGGCUACGCCACACUCAUCCAGACCCUUAUCAAGUGGCGCACCAAGCAUGCUGAUAGCAUUGAUCUGGAGUUGGAAGUGGACCCUUUAAACGUGGAUCACUUCUCCUGCACCCCUCUGAUGUGGGCAUGUGCGCUGGGCCACCUGGAGGCAGCGGUGGUUCUGUACAAAUGGGACAGGCGCGCCCUGGCCAUCCCGGACUCUCUGGGCCGCUUGCCGUUAUCAAUCGCCCGCUCCCGUGGCCACACCAAACUAGCUGAAUGUCUGGAGCAGUUGCAAAGAGAGGAGCAGCAUCCGCCGGCGCCUCUGCCACCCACCACGCGCAUGUCCUUCUCGCCGGCGCCUGACGCCCCCACGUCGGACAGCUGGAUGGUCAACUGGACCAACGACAGUGUCGUAGCUCCGAGUGUCAAGAAAGGAGGUUCUGCCACAACCACAACCACAUCCUGCAGCACUAGUCUCAAUCCAGACCUGAGAAGACCCAGAUCAGAGCCCUCAAACUAUUACAGCAGUGAAGGCCAAAGAGACCUUCCUUUGGCUAAAAAGCAUAAGCCCAACCCAGAACUGUUCCAGACUCGGCCAGACAAGGCCAUGUCUGUUCCACUGAGCCUUGAGCAGCAACAGCUCCACAAGUUGUCAUCAAGCCCCAAGAGCCUCUCCUCUGAGGGUCUGAGCACAGACAAGAGCCUGCCUGCAGGAGGCGGCACGGGCACAGCCAGAUGGACCUCCCAUGAGAACUUCUCCAGCGGUAGCAUGGGGAGGAAGGCGCUGGGAGUCAGUGGAAGCAGCAGCCUGGGAAAGGAGAAGCUGAUCAGCCGGUUACGUCAGCGGGAGCAGCUAGGCAUGCUGGUGAUGGCAGACAGAGAAAUGGCUGAUGCAGAGCUGCUGUCCUAUAGGGAGGAUCUGGAGAACCAGGACUGUCUCACACAGAUGGAUGACCUGCAGGUAAAUAUGAUGACUCUAGCAGAGCACAUCAUUGAAGCAACGCCCGAGAGAAUAAAAAGGGAGAAUUUCACCAGUGCAGACUCUGUGCCCUUAGACACAUCAGGGGUCAGCAACACCAUGAAUUGGCUGGCCAACUACCUGGGAGAUGUGGAACAGCUGCCGAGUAUCAUACACUUACGAUCUCUUUAUAACGAACCCCUGACUCCGUCGUCCAACCCCAACCUCAGCCCGGGGGGGUCUCCGCUGAGAGAGGGACCCUUGGAGAGGUCCUCGCUCCCCUCACCGGCGGACUGGAGCGAGUUCAUCAACGCCUCCAACAGCAAGGUGGAGCGAGACCUGGCCCAGCUGACUCUGUCAGACCCAGAGCAGAGAGAGCUGUACGAGGCCGCCCGCCUAGUCCAAACUGCCUUCCGCAAGUACAAGGGACGGCCACUCCGGGAGCAACAGGAAGUAGCUGCUGCUGUAAUUCAACGUUGUUACAAGAAGUACAAACAGCUAACAUGGAUAGCCUUGAAGUAUGCACUUUAUAAGAAGAUGACGCAGGCCGCCAUCCUUAUCCAGAGUAAAUUCCGCAGCUACCACGAGCAGAAGAAGUUCCAGCAAAGCAGGAGGGCGGCUGUGCUCAUUCAGCAAUACUACCGCAGCUACAAGGAGUUCGGAAGGCUGAGAUCCCACCAGCGAGGGGCCGCCGCUGCCCUGGUGCAGCACAAACUGAGAGGCAGUCUUCUCACAAAGAGGCAGGACCAGGCUGCCAGGAAGAUCAUGAGGUUCCUACGACGCUGCCGCCACAGCCCCUUGAUGGACCAUAGACUGUUCAAGCGGGGUGAAAGAAUUGAAAAAGGCCAGGGAACAUGAGACCCCGAAGAAGAGCCCCCUCGCUAUAUGACAUCACUCUCCUGACUCUUCUUUUCUUUUUCGUUUGUAACAAAACAUUUUACAAGAGAAAUGGAAAAACAAAACGUCAAUGCAAGCACUGCGAUUAUUACGAUUCCUGCAGUGUUACUGGUUCAACGAUUACAUGUACAACAGCAUUUUUUUCACAUAUCUAUUCUUUCCACUGACUUGGUUUUUGGUCAGACUUCUGUGGGAUUAUAAACUCAAAGGGACAGGGUGGAGGGUGGGGUUGGUGCAGAACAUUUGCUUCAUGGCAUUUUUUGCACUUUUUCAUGGAUUGCUUUGUGCUUUUUGGACGUGACGAGGUUUUAAGACAGCGAAGGGAGCGAACGCAGGACUCUGAGUCCUCUGAGGAGGACUGUCACACAUGAGGGCCUAAAGAGACGUAUUUAAAGGCUGCUGCAGAAAAUCUCAGAGGAUAGGAAGACCAUGCUGAAACACUCUGGGCUCUUAUUGCAUUUCAUAAUUUUUUAAGUGACCAAUUGAUUCAUUUGAAGAAGGAUUUUUUAACCAAAUAUAUUGGCAACGUACACACCCACUUCUGUCUACCGCUGUAGGUGAUAUAAUAUUCAGUUUAGCUCAACAGUUCCUCUUGUCCCACUGUGUCUACUCCACCAGUCUGCCCACAUGGGUGGAGCUACAAAUGAAUGUAGUCGGGGUUUAACACGCUAAUGCAGAUACAGGAUAAAGUAUUUCCAUUUUUCCAUUUCUUAAAAAAACCUAUGCUUUAUCGUAUAUAUUGUCACUUUAUUACUUGAAUUUGUUCCAUAUUGUCCGAUGAAUUUGUUCCAUCAUGUCUAAUGUAUUGGUGAUCUGUAUCUUCAGACUCUAUGUUGUUGAAAAUGCAUGACUUCUUGGCAAGAAACGUCUUUGCUUGUGUACUUAUGGUCUAGUCUUUCAGCCUAUCCUCUGAUUUGUUUUGUUUCCACUAUGACGGUACGCAUAUCCAUCUUCUCUUACAUAAGUUUGAACUUCAGUAGUGAAGCCGCCCCUCCUGUUUUGUCCAGUUUCCUUUUGGUUUAGUCUCCGUUCGCCUCGAUCAAUUAGUUGCUCCUCUGAAAGCUGACGAGAGAAGAACUUGCCUAUUUUGUGUUGUAAUGGUUAUAGUCAUGCAGGUUAUUACUGUUCUUUUUAAAUUAACUUCAGAGCCUGUAAAGGCUUUUGAGGAAAAGAUCACAUACAUUGCCUUGACGUCUUAGAGAUUCUUUGAAGGGUCCCUAAGCUUGUCCCAAAAUAGGGGUUUGACAAAUCCAUAUUUUUGACAAUUGAGCGAUUUCUGUAUAUAAAGAAGGCUGAAAGUACGUAGGAAAAAACAUUUACCCAAAGGGGAUUGUAUUUUAGAAAUAUAUUAUUUUAUUCAUUAAAAAUGGGUCAAAAACAGGUAAGAGACAAAAACAGAAUAUUUGUAUAGUUUUGUUUGAAUGCCUAAGAAGUAAGGUUGUACUGUUUGUAUAUAGUGUAAAUAGUGGGAUAAAAAUGAGUUAUGUGCAUGAAAAGUAUGAACAGAGUCAAAAAGGGAAAAAAACAACAAAAGCAGUAGUGGCUAUGCUCUGUAAAGUUAAAACUAUUUCACUAUUAAGAGUAUUUUAUUUUAUUUUCAUUGUUCUUGAGAAGAACAUUUUGCUAAAGCAUGAAAUUAUUGCAAUAUGAAAAAGUACAAAAAAUACUGUAUUUAGAGUUAGUCUGCAAAAUUAUCUUAAAACAAGUACAGUUAUGUUUACAUUUGUUUCCUUUUAUUUGUUUUGGGCUACCAAGAAUUUUUUGCCAAUGGUGCCAAGGUACGUGAAUGCUCUAUAGCUUAAGAAGAGAAUUAAGUUACUUUUUGCAGAACAGAUAAUCAUACAGUGAAACAUACUAGCACUGAAAACCACAAGGUCACAACUGGCCGAGGAUCACUAGAACAAUGAGGUGCACAGUUUGCAUAAGGGAGUCAUAUUUAAGCAUUUAAGUCUCUCAUGUCUCCAACAUUCCCAGAUAACUGAAGCAUUUGAUCGUCGCCAAUUUCACCGUAGCAAAGUUUAACUUUUUGUUGUCAUUGCAAAUGGAAUGUGAUGCAUUACUGGGGUAGCUUGUCUGAUCUAAAGAUUGUAAAUGGCAGCGUUUGCCCACGGUGUCCCUGAAAAGCAAACCAUGUCAACACUCUGUCAGGCAAAAGGUUUGAAUUCACCUGUUUAACCGUGCAGCGACGUAUCAGAUCUGGGCUGAUCUCUGGGGUUUCUUUGUUUUUACCAGCGAUCCUCGAUCUCAGCUGCCGUGGUCACAUUCACAACCAAGAUGUCUGACGUGGUAAUGAACGUAAUUGAUGUCUUUGUCAAGCAGCUGAAAACUCAAAAGGUUCCAUCGAAGCACUAAAAUUUUGCUGUUCACGAGCAGAGUAACUGAACAGAGUGACUGCAGUGUUAUGGUGCCAUUUAUCGUAUAAUUAAUAGUGAGACGAUGCAUCUUCUAUGUGAUGGUUUCCAUUAACCGAUCCAACCAUUUUAUGAUCAAGUUGACAGAGAAUACACAUGAGCUGCUGCUUUAGAGUCGCCUGUCGGUUGCUGCCUAGUCCCUAUGAUAUAUUGCUACCAAAAUGAUCAGAAAGUGUUUCCUGUAUCCAAGUAAUUACAUGUGAUUAUUCAGCCAAGUGCCACUGAGAAACCUUUAUCAAAGUGUUGUCAUGUUUGUUAAGUACUUAUUAGGCCAAAUUUCUCUGAUUGUGGUUUUGCAGGUUGGGAAUUUCUUUGCUUUGCUUUUUCACCUUAUAUGUAAACUUUACGUUCCCAGUGUUUAUGUAGAAAGUGCCUAUUCAUACGUUGGUCACACCAGCCCAGUGUCACAAUGCAUCCAAUGUACCUGAGGUUGAUGACAUGAACAUGAUCACCCACAUCCAGUGCUGUAUCCUCUACUUCGGCGCACCACUUGUGGUGCAGCACCCCAGCUUGUUGACAUGCUAAGUAUUGUUUUUCCCGUUUUCCACUGGAACAGCUUGUUAAGGUCACAUUUAGAAACGCCACUACUGGAAUUUGUUGCCUUGCAUUCAUCCUCUAGUCUGUGGUUAGAAUGCGUAGCCAAUGCAACGUGGUGGCAAAAGGGGAGAUGGAUUUAUUAUGCUUGCAUGGGUAAAAUAGUUAACUGGGUGACAGAAGAGCACCUAAAGCAUGCUUAUUUUCCUAGAAUCGGUAGUCAGAUAGACUUUUUAAAAGACUUACUGUUCUGUAAAAUGAUGAACGUUGGUUUGACGUGUCGCAGACAGACAGGAGGACGCACCUACGAUAUGAGCUGAUUUUCAUGGCACCGAAUGAGGACAGGAUUGUUUCUGGCCAGCUCUAAUUUUCUAGACUUUUUCUUUAUUUCUUUAUUUAUUUGUUAAGUUCAUUUAGAUGUGAUCAGUGUGCUCCCAAAUUUAAAUAGGGCGGCUGGACGAGGCUGGAGUCCAUAGUGACAGUAUAAUGUAUAUACCAAGUAUUACUUUAGUAACACGUGGUACACACAUACACACACGCACAAGACACGGCACAGCACACAUGCAGACACGUCACGGUGUCCGUUUCACAUGUAACACUGAGCAGCGAAGGCGGCCGUGCUCUUCUCCAAGCUGAGGGACUGGAUCACCUCCCUUCUGUAUUUUUACUCAGGGUGCCAAAAUGGGGAGGAGGAAACAGAGCAGGACACGUGAUUCAAAAAAAAAAAGAAAUGGGGAAAACCGUUCUGGCGAAGAAUCUAGGACAGACAGGUCCACCACUGCAAUACUCAAGUCUUUAAAAUGAAUGACAGUGACACAUAAUCAAUUUCCUCUGUGCUGCGUUGAACAGUUCAGUUCAAUAUCCUUUUAUAUAUAUAUAUAUAUAUAUAUAUAUAUAUAUAUAUAUAUAUAUAUAUAUAUAUAUAGCUCCCUGAGAUAAAUGAUUUGACGUUCUUUCAUAGAAACCUGUUGGAUCAUGGAAUAAUUCUGGCCGGUUCUUUAGGCCUUUCCUUCACAUGUAGAGGGUAUUUAAGAUAUAUAAGAUGAGUAUAAUCCUAUGAAAAGUUCACCUGCAAAUCUUGUUUUUACUGCCAUUUGUGAAUGGGACGGCGGGUCAGCUGACAGGCUCUCCUCUAGCGUAGACUAUGUUCACUUUCAAGACGUUCUGUCAAUCGACCUGGGAAUCUGCCUUUCCUCCUCUUCUUUUUCCCACGCACCCACACCAGAGAAAGGUAGGCACAUCAGGACAACAGAGCAGAAACCGUUUUACACAUAUUCCACUCGUGGACACAGAGCAAUAAAGAACUAUUUUGUGGAGACCUAUAGACCUAGUGAAGUUUAAAAUGAUUGGACACAUGUAGUCGACUUACUCUUAUGCAAAUGCCAGUAUUGCAAGACAAGCAUUCAGUAGUUUAUGGACAGCAAUUAUAUGGCACCCUUUGCCGAACUGCACGUUUUCAUCGAUUCCAAACCAAGAAAAAAAGGCCCUGCUUUGAUAGAAAGUUAAGGGUCCUCGACACUUUGCAUGUGAACUAGUGUUAGAUAUAUUUUCCUCUUCUCAAUAGCUGUCUUUCUCUCUGUCUUUCCCUGUUAUGUGACCCAGUUUUCCUCCGCUCCCGACCCCUCCCCGUAAAAGUUUCAUCUCCUCUCGGUUCUCCUAAUGUGUUUUGCUUUCCUCCGUUUUCUUCCCUUCUCUUGUUUGUAAGUUUUAUUUUUGUAAUUGUGCAUGUACAAGCGUCACUGACUCGAUGGAUAUGUUUAAAAAAAAAGAAAAAAAAGAGAUUUCAGCUGCUGAAGCCAUGCAAAACGUUUUGAAUUGCCCUUAAAAUAUGGAAGAUGUUUUCUGAAUGCUUUAUAUUCUUUCUGCUGUAAAAUAAUAAAAAAAGGAAAAAACGAAGAAAACUCGAGAA